GGCAUAUUGUUGUAUUAUACGACGCAUGCUGGUUCAAGCAGCAAUUUCACAUGUGUGUGGGUGGGUUUGCUGCGCCUAAAAGUAGACUACUUUUCUGCUUUGAUUUUCUUUUUUGCUAAUGCCAUUUUUCACGGGAUGUUUUUGUGCGAGCGAAAAGGUGCACCCGUACGGAAAAAUUCAAUGAAAACACGAGAAAAGCGCAUAAUUCGGCAUGCUGCAUUUGCUGCAAGAAUCUUCGCGGGACACUUUCUUGCUGCACGCUACAUUGAAACAUAAUUUUAGUGCUUGAAACAUUUCUCGCGUUUCACACUCGAUUGUCACGCAAGAUUGCGUGUAUUUGCGACAAAGGCUCGCGCAGUCGACACCCGAUUUUUUGUACGGGCGCAGAAAAAUUUCUCUGCUGCUUUUUUUGCGGUGAAAAUUCCUCGUGAAAAGUCAUGUUUUGUGCUCUGCACCAAGAUGACCUGAAAGUCUUGAUUCCCACAAUUGCUCUAGGACGCGGAAAUUGAGAGAGCAUCAUCCCCCUGAGGAGGAGAGAGCGUAAGGCCACACAGCUUCAUGUGAACUGCAAGCUUCCGCACGAAUUCGCCAUGAGGACGAAAAAUUUCCUGAUCAUCCUGUGCUGCGUCAUCGCCACGAGUCUGGUGCUGAUCAUCCUGGGGCCUACGGGGCAACAGAAUCAGUCCAUUAAGGAUAUUAUUGACGGGACGCAUCAGCAGUUCAGAGAAUUCAAGGAACAACUUCGGGUGUCUGACGAGAAGAAAUUGGACAUUGAUCCGAAAUUCUUGGCCCUUCUUGGUUUCACGCAGACCAUCUACAAUGGCACCAAAUCGAAUUUCUCCAUUGUGACUUAUGCACUAAAGGGUCAGGCAGCGUCGCUUAUUCUCCUGGCGCAAAAUAUGGCAUUGCGCCUGCCGAAUGAGCCCCUUCUCAUUUAUGAUUUGGGGCUGUCGGAGGAGGAUUCGCGAGCUGUUGGUGGAUUCUGCAAUAGUUCAAAGUGUUCUGUGAUACCAUAUGACUUGACAGUGUACCCAACUUACGUCAGUGACGAAGAGAUGCACGCCUUUCGGCCGCUCGUGAUCAAGGAUGCCCUCACGCGGGCACAUACGGUGCUAUUCAUUGAGAAUAGCGUUCGUGUUCGGGGUGGGAGUCGCGAAGUGUAUGAUCUCGUGAGGACUGUGUCAGCAAGUGGGAGUGGUGUACUUGGGUGGGUGACACGACAAGCCGUGUCAGCACGUACGCAUCCCAAAAUGUUUGAAUACUUUCAAGUGACAAAGGAGAGUUUUCUAUUCCUGCCCAUGGUGGAGAUGGAUGUAGUCUUUUUCAUUGAUACAUCCACGGUCAAUGAGAGAAUUCUACUGCCCUGGAUUAAGUGUACCCUCACACCGGAGUGUAUUCAUCCAAUAGGUGCCCAAUCUGGUGGUUGCAAAUUCAAUAAGAAGCCACAAUAUAGAUAUUCAGGAUGUCACGGUUAUGAUGCGUCCGCCUUCAAUAUUGUACUGGGAUUAACAUUUGGUUUCGAUGAGAAGAAGUACUCGAAUGUCGAGCAGAAUCUUUUCUACAUGGAAACACUUGAGCAAGCAACCAAAAUAUUAGAGAAUAAACGAAGAAAUAUAAGUGAUACUUCGGAACAUCCCUUCACGGAAGAAUAAAAUGAAGAGAGAAAAAAAAUGAACUUAAUGACGGUUAAAAAAAGUAUAAGAUAGACUUUGCAUUACGAACAAUGGGAACGUCUAUUGAUUCUUCUUUUUAUCACACAUUUUCCUUUUUUUCUUCUUAAACAAAUAUUUACUUUAAAUAUUUACUCGCGAUAAAUGAACUAUCAAAGAAAAAUAAAAGGCUUGAUAAGGAAAUGACGAAGAGAACAAACUUUCUGCUUUACGCUGAAAUGGAAAAGAAAAAAUAUUGAAAAAAGACUUUUUACUUUAUUAUUAGCUGUGAUUCUUGAGCACAGCUUUCCAUCUUCUUUGUUUUUCUCAACAUAUCAAUAGACAAAAUAUUCUUCGCCUCUUUAUUUUAUUUUGUAAAUUCUCAUUACCUUUUAAAAUGGAAUUGAAAAGACAAAAAAUUGAUUUUCCUGUGAGAAAUGGUUAAGAAUGGAAAGUCCCUGAAAGAAUAUUUCACACGUGAUUCAUUUAAAAUGCCAUUCUGUGGUCUAAAAUGAUUCUAACAUAUUUUUUUCUUACUAAAGAUUCCAUUCAUUUACUAAAACAACAAAUUUUUAAUCUCUAUGAAUUUACUUCUCUCUUAAUUUUUUACAAACUUUAAGAGAACGAGAAAUAUUUAGUUUAUUAUUGCUCAAAGUUUACUUAAAAGAAUUUUUUUUAACACUUAAAUUGUAAAUACAAAAAAUAAAUAAAAAUGGCGACUUAAGAGAAAUGUUAAAAAGGAAUUAAAUUAACAAAUUAAUGUGGUACCAUUUAAAGAAAAAAAACAAAUGAAAUUGAGCAUAAACCUGUAACAAUGUUUAGUGUGAAUAAAUUACACGAAGAAAAACGGCAAACAAUUACCAGUUAAAAAAAGAAUAUUAAAUUACAAGACAAGAAAAAUGAAUUACUAAGUUACAAUUUAGUGAGUAAAAAACAUAUCUUAUCGUGAAUAUUCAUAUUGAAUUAAGAUAAUAGUGGAUGAAGAAAUUAAAAAAAAAACAACACUAAAAUUCAUUGAUAUGACAUGAAGAUAACAAAAUGUUUCUAUUUAGAAGAAAAAGAAAUAAUUAAAAACUGAUGAAUACCAUUAUUUUGUACUUACUAAAUCCGAGAAAAGAAAAACUUACGCCAGAGUAUUGUUUCUUUACUUACAACAAUUUAUUAGAGAAUUACCGGAGUAGGAAGGAAAAAGUGAAAGAGUUCAUAAGAGUAAUGAUCCGCUUGCCAAUUUUUUCAAAAUAAAAAUAGAAGAAAGAGACCAGAAAUGAAGUGAGAAAAAGGAAUAUUAAAAGAAAAAAAAGAGAGAGAUUUAUUAACAAAAAAAAAGAACUUAAGCGUAAAAAUAUUAAUGUUACUAUAUUCCAGAAAAUAAAUGAAGCGACCAAUAAACAUUUUAAUAUAAAAAAAAAGAAGAAAAUGCAGCUACAGUGAGAAAAAAUGCUUAUUACAAUUUACACUUAAAGAAAAAAAACUUAGAUAUAAACAAUUCAUAGGAUAUUAUUGCAAGAAAGUAAAAGAAAAAAGUAAAACCUUAAAAAUAAAAAAAAAUAUUGAAUGAUUAAUGGAAACUUUUGAUAAAAUUUUUAGACAUGAAAAAGAAUUAAGAUAACAUGAAAAGUAAAUGAAGAAAAAUUGUGAAAAAAGACAACAUUUUAUUCUGCAACUAGGAAACUAUGCAAAACAUUUUAGAAUGAGCAAACAGCUUAAAUGAAAUCAAAGAUAAUAUUCUUUGGCAGCCAAAUGAACAAAAAAUAUAUAUUUUAAGGCAUUAUUAGAUAGUUUCAACAACAAAAGAUGAGAAAAAUCUUACGGGAGUUUAAAAAACUCUUUUUAACGUUUCAAAAAGAUUUAACAAAAAACAGUUUUCUCGAAUAUAUGGAGAGGUUAAAAAAUCCAUCUUCGUUAAUCUUCUCUAGAUAGCUUCCGAAUGAGAAUUUUUUAUUAUACCGUCAAACCGUGUAAUGUUGGAUCACGUGUUUCUUUAAGGGUAUUAUUAUGUUUCAACCGAAUAUCAAUUUUUUUUUUAAUUAAAAUUCAUUUCAAGAAAUUUUAAGGAAAGAAUUCUCAAAGAUUUAAAAAAAUAUAUUUUCAAAUGAAAAAUUGAGAAAUAUGUUAUUCAAAAUUGAACGGGGCGACGGUAUAGCGCUAUUUUUUGUACUGCUGUAAAUAUUAUUUGUUUGUAAAUUUUGAGUCACAUUUUUUAUUUUGUAAAUUAGUUUUCUUUUGAUGUGUGUUUGCAACACUCAAAGACAGAAGGAAGCAAACUAUUAUGAAAAAAAAACUAGUGUUUUGUGUGUGAAAAGCCAGAUUGAUGAGGAUGUGGAGAGAUUUUUUCUGUGGGUUGGGAGUGGGAAAAUGAAAGAAAUGAUAAAAGUGCUAUGUUGAUGCUGUUUUAAGCAUAAAGUAUUAUUUGAUGAAUAAAUCGUACAUAAAAAUUCCUCACCAAAACA